CCAUUUUGUUCGCCAACUUUCCCUUCCCACCACCAUACCCGUUUCCAAGAUUCUUCGUUCUUCGAAGAACUAAAAACCAAAAGAAUUUUUGAGGCUUAAGUAAUCGUUAAUCUCUCCGAUCACAACCUUAUCGCCGGAGAAGACUGAGACACCAACAAUGGGGCGUAGCCUCUUCGCCUGCUUCUCCAAACGCUCCUCCAAAACCUCCUCUUCUGAUAUCAACAAGUCAACCGCAACACAUGACGCCGCCGCGGACGAAUUGACGGCCGAUGAGUUAAAAAGAGGAGGACCGGUGGUGGUGGAGCUGUUCUCAUCCCAAGGAUGCGCCACAUCGCCGGAGGCGGAGCUUCUGUUCUCGAGGAUAGGUAGGGGAGAUUUCAAUCUUGAAGUUCCGGUGAUAUUAAUGGCGUACCAUGUUGAUUACUGGGAUUAUAACGGAUGGAAGGAUCCGUUUGGGUCGAGCCAGUGGACAGUGAGACAAAAGGAGUAUGUAGAGUCGUUGAAUCUCGACACCAUGUUUACGCCGCAGGUGGUGGUUCAGGGGAGGAGUCAGUGCAUCGGAAACGACGAGGAGGGUCUAAUCUCCGCGAUCACCUCCGCAACCAGAUACCCCCCGCCAGCGUUCCAGGCGACAUUCGAGAGGCGUACACCGGAAUCCUUGCAGGUCACCCUGAAAGGCGCGUUACGCGCCAAAUUAGACGGCGGAGCAGACAUCAUGGUGGCACUGUACGAAAGCGGGCUCGUUACCGACUGCCGGAACGGCGACAACAAAGACCGAAUUCUAGCCAAUGAUUUCGUCGUUAGAAAGCUCGGAAAGCUCUGCUCCGGCGACAAGCUACCUCCGAAGAAGCCGAUUACAGGAACACUCGAUUUUGGGGUUUGGGAAGGUUUCAACAGCGCCAAAUGCGGAAUCGUAGUGUUUGUUCAGCAACAUGGAUCUCAUCAUAUUUUUGGUUCUCAACGUAUUCAACUACCAGCCAAUCUCUGAUUCAAAUUUUCUUUCUGCCAUUGUUGUGCUUGUUUUAAUUGAUUGAAUUGUAGAAUAGUUUGAUCAUAUUUGUGAAAUUUUGAGUGCUUAAAUCUUAUGAAUUACCAACAUAUAGA